AUGGAACCUGUAGAGACCUGGACCCCUGAGAAAGUGGCAGCUUGGCUAAGAGGCCUCGAUGAUUCCUUGCAGGACUAUCCCUUUGAGGACUGGAAGCUGCCUGGUAAGUAUCUGCUCCAGCUCUGCCCCCGGAACCUGGAGGCUCUGACCGUGUGGCCUCUGGGUCAUCAGGAGCUUAUCCUGGAUGGAGUGGAACAGCUCCGGGCUCUGAGCGCUGGACUACAGCUGGAGAACCUGCAAAGCCUGACAGAGAGGCUGCUGUCGGGAACCCAUGCUUUCCAGAGCUUAGCCCAAGGCCAUCUAGGGACCUGUGCCGAGACCCCUGCCGAAGUCCUCAGUGCAGCUGUGGAGCUGGUGCAUGAAGCUCGCACCCUCCUCUUCUGGCUCAACAGGUACCUCUUCUCCCACUUAAAUGACUUCUCAGCCUGCCAGGAGAUUGGAGAGUUGUGUGGAGAGCUGGGUCAGGCCUUGCAGGAGGAUUGCCCAGCAGCUGAGAAGGAGAGCCGAGUCCUGAGAAUUUGCAGCCACUUGGUGGGCAUCUGCCACAAUAUCCUGAACUGCAGCCCUGAAGAGCUGCUGGCACAGAGGGCCGUGCUAGAGCAGGUGCAGUUGGACGAGCCUUUGGGUCUGGAAAUUCACACGACCAGCAACUGUCUUCACUUUGUGUCUCGAGUUGGCCCCCAGGUCCCCUCCAACUCCCAACUGCAGAUCCUGCCUGGAGACGAAGUUGUCCAGAUCAAUGAUCAGGUGGUGGUGGGCUGGCCCCAUAAGAACGUGGUGAGAGAGCUGCUUCGGGAGCCAGGUGGGACCAGCCUAAUACUAAAGAAGGUCCCAGUGCCUGAGAACCCCCCACAGACUGCUCCUCAGGUCUUGGACACCUUGCAAUCACUGGCUCUGGGUCCACUGUCUCCCAGGGCCCAGUCAGAAGAAAUCUUUGCCUUUGACUUGACUUCAAGCACAAAUCCUGAGCCCACCCCUGCCUGGGCAGACUCUGCUUCCCUCGAUCCUGAACCCACGCCCAUCUCCCCUGUGUCCAUAGCCACAUUCUCAUCAGGGACAAUAGAGACUCUGAAACCCUCAGGACACCCUGACAAGAGUCCUGUCCCUGGUCGGAAGAAAUCAAAAGGUGUGGCGACACGGCUGAGCCGCCGGCGGGUGUCAUGCAGGGAGCUGGGCCAGCCUGACUGUGAUGGCUGGUUACUACUCCGCAAGGUGCCUAGCGGCUUCAUGGGCCCACGCUGGCGCCGCUGCUGGUUUGUGCUCAAGGGACAUACUCUCUACUGGUACCACCAGCCCCAGGAUGAGAAGGCCGAGGGUCUCAUCAAUGUCUCCAACUACAGCCUGGAAAGUGGACAGGAUCAGAAGAAAAAAUAUGUGUUCCAGCUCACCCACAGUGUGUACAAACCCUUCAUCUUUGCUGCUGAUACCCUGGCUGAUCUGAGCAUGUGGGUGCGUCAUCUCAUUACCUGUAUUUCCAAGUACCAUUCUCCAGGGCGGGCCACUGCAUCCCGAGAGGAAGAUUGCUACAGUGAGACUGAAGUAGAAGAUCCUGAUGAUGAAGCUGGGUCUCGCUCAGCUUCACCCAGCCCAGCCCAAACCUGGAGUCCCCUCCAUGGAGACACAGCACUGGCACCAAGCUCCACUCAGAGCAGCCCAAGAACUUCCUUUGGUCUUCCAACAGAUAGUAGUGAUGGGGCACUGGAAAGAAUGGUACAGGGGCUGAGGCAGGGUGGUGUGUCCCUUUUGGGCCAACCACAACCAGUCACCCAUGAGCAAUGGCGGAGCUCCUUCCUGCGGCGUAACCGAGAACCCCAUCUCAAUGAGAAGGCACACCGAGUACGGGUGUUACAGAGCACACUCAAGGCAAAGAUGCAGGAGCUACAGGUCCUGGAGGAAGUGCUUGGUGACCCAGAACUGACAGGAGAGAAGUACCGACGAUGGAAGGAACAGAAUCAGGAGCUGUACACAGAGGUCCUGGGGACCUGGAGCGGGAUGCAGGCUGAGGACAACUCUCAAGUCUUAACAUCUGACUCUGAAGAACAGUCCUCCUGUCCCCCACACUCUAACCCUGAGGAGCACUCCUAUCUCUGCCCUCUGUCCCUAAAGAACAGCCUCCAAUGUCCUGACCUCUGA